AGUUGCUAUUCACUUUUAAAGAACAACCAACGAAAAAUUAGGAUAAGGUGGAUUGAAAAUUCUUUUUAUCUAGUAUAAUGUAGAAUAUUAAGCACAGAAAUAAGAAAGUGAAGGUUAUAGUGAAGUUGUAAAGGUCUUUUUUAUAAUUAUUUAACAUAAGAAGCCGCAUAUUAAAAGUUAAACCAGUUCUUCAAAAAAAUAAAAAAGCCUCUAACAAAGGAAUACUGAAUUCAAAAAAGUUUAAGCACAUGAGAAGUUCAGGAGUAAAAUGGAAGGAAAAUUUUGAGAUUUGGAUGACGUUUGCGUGAACCUUUUUUCGUACAUAAUGAAAUGGAUGAACGCAACAUUAUAAUAACGAGAAUAAUAACAAACAACAACGCAAUGUCGUCUAAUAACUCGACACCUCCGCAGUCUCUGACAUCGUCAACGCCAUCACCAGUCAAAAUGAGCCAAAGCUUGAGUUCCAACUUAAAUAAUGGCGACAACUCGAAGGUUAAUGAAACUAAAGGAGUCACAGUUAGCAAUACAAAUAAUCAGAAUUUGAAUCCGUCCAUCCCAUUAAAAUCAAAAACUCCAAUUCGUGUUGGAUUUUAUGAAAUUGAAAAAACAAUUGGAAAAGGAAAUUUCGCUGUUGUAAAAUUAGCUCGUCAUAGAGUCACAAAAAGUGAGGUUGCAAUAAAAAUUAUCGAUAAAACCAAGCUUGAUGCAAGCAACUUGCAAAAGGUUUACCGUGAAGUAGACAUAAUGAAACAUCUUGAUCAUCCACAUAUAAUAAAAUUAUAUCAGGUGAUGGAAAGCCAAAGCAUGAUUUACAUAGUCUCGGAAUACGCUAGUCAGGGAGAAAUUUUUGAUUACAUAGCAAAAUAUGGCAGACUUACAGAAAAAGUAGCCAGACAUAAGUUCUGGCAAAUUCUAUCAGCUGUCGAAUAUUGUCAUAAUAGAAGAAUAGUUCAUAGAGAUUUAAAGGCUGAAAACUUACUUUUGGAUUCAAAUUUGAACAUUAAAAUAGCUGAUUUUGGAUUCAGUAACUUUUUUACACCUGGAGAGUUGUUAGAGACAUGGUGUGGAUCACCUCCGUAUGCUGCCCCUGAAGUAUUUGAAGGGAAGAAGUAUACAGGACCGGAAAUAGAUAUUUGGUCACUUGGUGUCGUUUUAUAUGUUCUUGUAUGCGGCUCUUUACCGUUUGACGGUUCAACAUUACAAUCAUUACGUGACAGAGUGCUGUCAGGUCGCUUUCGGAUACCUUUCUUCAUGAGUUCAGGUACACUUCAAGACUGUGAGUCAUUGAUUCGUAAAAUGCUGGUUUUACAACCCAAUAAGCGAGUAACAAUUGAACAAAUAAAGCGACAUCGUUGGAUGAUGGCAGAGAUUUGUGACGUUUCGUUAAAUUCAUUCGAUGAAAAUCUUUUCGGUGGAACAUCAGCCAGAGAAUUGAAUGAGCAAAUUUUGAGGAUAAUGCAAAACUUGGGCAUAGACGCUCAAAGAACCAAAGAGAGUCUUAAAAUGAACAAUUACGAUCAUUACACUGCGUUCUAUUUACUUCUAUUGGAGCGAUUGAAAAACAAAGAUAUCGUUGGGACACAAAACAACACAACACCAAAGCAUCCAACAUUGGAUUCUCAAAGACGACGACCAAGUUCGAUAGCUGAACAAGCAAUGCGGAAGCUUGGAUUGGGUCCACAUCAAAGAUCUGAGCUGCCGAUAUCAACUCGCCAUCAAAUGUCGAAUGUCUCAAACAAUCGCAGCUCAGAAGCAAUAUCAAGUAUUAUUCAAACCCCGAUGUCGUCAAUGACAUUGCGAGAUACAAUUUCAACCAGAGAUCAGUCACCUUCAACAUCAUUGAUGAAAAAUAGUCAAACAUCAUCAUACUUUCACUCAUUCAGUAAUAAUAAUAAUAACAAUAACAGAUCUGGGCAUUUAGCAUUCAGUAACAAUGUCGUAACAAACAGUACAAUGAAUUGUAACAAUUCAUUAUCAUUAGAAUCGCGGGAAAGAGAAAAUAAUUCUCUGGUUUUACGGGAAAGUGGUGUCCAAUUGCAUCCAUCACGUAUGUCGUCGUGCAAUCGUUUUGUGUCGGGUGGUCUCGAUCAACGAAUUAUUAAGCAAAGUACCGAAGAUUGUCGACGAUUGUUGCAGCAGGCUAUAGCAGUUGUAAACACAGCCGCUCCAUCUGUUGUUCCACCGCCCUUAGACCAAGUCUUGCCAGCGCUUGAACCCCGAACAGGAAAUUUUCCUCUGCUCUCAAACGACAACCCCUCAAAGUCAUUGACAUCAUCAAAUAGCUUUGAUUUCAAGGCAAAUAGUUCUCAAAAGUUGCCGCCUUUUAACAUGUCGCUAGAAGCUGCACGUCUCUUUCAAACAUUGCAACAAAGUCCUUUACCAUUGCCACAAGCUGAUAUGCAUCCAAGUCAAGAUCAAGCGGCUCUAGGAUCGUCAAUGAAUCAGCAAUGUCAAAGUGUUGAGAGUAACAACGUAAAGUUAGAGCGACCAUUGAAUAUUGCUGAAUCAAGGAUAACUCCGCCAUUCAAAGAUUAUUUAAAUAAUUUUCAAACUUAUCAAUAUUUACAAAAAGUUGAUCAUCCUGAGAUGUUUUCGAAAAGCCAUCAAAUAACCCAACAAUACAGUUCGAGUACGGAUGAAGGAUGUGAAACUGAUCAUGGAGAAAUGGAUGAAAAUGCAUCACAAACAAAUAAAGUUCCGUCUUCAGUCAUUCAUCGAUUGAAUUCUUAUGCAAGUUCAAGCUCAUCAAGCGGUGUCGCGACAAAUUUUGUGUCGAAAAGUUUAAGUCAAAACUUGAGUUGUGAUUCAUCACGAAGCAACUUUUCUACCUUUGAAAGCAUCGAUCUUAAUCUAUCUGAUUGUAGUGAUCUUGCAAUCAGUUUGCCAUCAUGUACAAGUAGAAAUCUUGAUGAACCAAAUAGAGAAAAUGGUGGGGAAACAAUUACAUCGACAUCAUCUACGAAUCAUCCUUGUGUCUAUGUUUCAAUGUCGGGCAAGUCUAAUUGCCUGUUUUUGAGGAAUAAUCCAAUUGGACAUUCACCAAAUCGUGCGCUAUCGCGAUCUCCAAUCGACUUUCGUCAAGGGCGAAGAGCAAGCGAUGGAUUAGUCGCACAAGGUUUAAUUAAUCAGGUUGAUAAUCAUAUCACUUCAGUUGCAUUCAACAGCCAACGAUUGCAUGAAGCUCAAAAGGCAAAAGGUUUUCUGGAAUUGCAUUUGUUGCAACAAGAAGCUGCUUCAUUAUCUAGUCAAUAUCAAGCCAGUGUACCACAAGAAGAAUUAAAUAUUAGACAAAGGGAGCAUAAUCAAUUUUAUGUUGCACCUUACAAAAUGAUGAGCGAAGCUAAUCAGCAAAUGUACGGAUGUCAGAAUGAAGAUGGUUCUUACUUCAACAAAGCAAUACUAAGCGGAUUAACUUCUGACAUUUCAAACUACGUCGGUAUGAUGAAGAAUGAUGACAUUGCCGAUAUGAAGCAAAUGUCAUUGAACAUAAACAACGAUUCUCAAUCUUAUCAGCAAUCUCCAGCCACUCCAAAAGCUCCACUUCAACAACAGCUUAUGCAACAUCGAUUAUUGCAACAGAAAAGACAAAUUCUUCAGAAACAAGGAGCAAUGGAAUCGUCUUUAAGUCGUCGACAGAUGCUACGACAACAGAGCUAUAAAAUGGCACAAAAUCAACAGAUUCUUCCUCCCUUACCGUUUCCGUUGAGCGAGAAAGAAACUGAAGAUUUAUUGGCUUUCCAACAAAUUGUAGAAAAUCCCAGUACACCCACGCUUUUGAAAACUACUCAUUUAUGCAACAAUCAAGCAUCACAAUCAAUUCCUUCGCCACCAAUACAAUCGAAUGCGGAUAAUGUUGUGUGUGGAAAUCUUACAAAUAAUUUGAAUUCAUGUCAAAUAAGUGAAACUGCACCGCAUGAAGCUUUUCAUCCAAUGAUGUCCAUGUACAGUCAGUUUCCUCCUACAUUCCCCAAUACACUGUUUGUUUCCAACUGGAAUCCACAAUCGUCAGUCUCUCCACCAAUAAUUGAAGAGCAAAUGGAGUCAAUUUAAAUGAAACAAUUAUGUGACAGUAGUCGAUUCACAGGAAUUAAAAGAAUAUCAAUUAAUCAAAAUAUAUACAUAAUAAUCUGUAGUUAAAAAAAUGAAAGACUGUUCACCGAUUCCAGUUCUUUUAUCUAUUUAUUAAAUUAAGCAAACAAUUAAUAAUAAAAAAUAUUCACAAAUACAUUCAAUUUGAAGGCAUUUAGACAGAUAACUCAUAAAAACAAUUGAGACAACUAGAAAUUAUGUGUGUAGAUGACAUAAAAAAAGGUAAAAAAAUUAAUAAAUUAGAAUAUAAAAAAAUUUUCAACGAUAUCUGGG